AAAACGGCAGCACAAUCGCCGUCGUCAAAAUCUGAUUCGCAGGCUUCCAUAUAAAACUCUCCGUCUCUCUCACCCAAUAGGCGAUUUUUUUCCUUCUUUUCUGUUACCCUAACAACCACAACCAAAAAUGUCAGUACAACCUACCUACAGCGGAAGACGCACCGGCGUCCGGGUAGUGGUCGCCGGCGACCGCGGCACCGGCAAGUCCAGCUUGAUCGUUGCACUGGCCACGGAAACCUUCGCCGAUAAUCUACCUCCGGUGCUUCCCCCCACCACCCUCCCCGCCGAUUUGUAUCCCGAUCGUAUUCCCGUCACCGUCAUCGACACCUCAUCCAGCAUGGAGAGUAGUAUGAAGCGCAGCGAAGAACUGAAGCGAGCUGAUGUAGUGAUGCUGACGUACGCCUGUGAUCAGCCAAUGACGCUUAGCCGUAUCUCCAGUUACUGGCUCCCUGAGCUUCGUCGGUUGGAGGUGAAUGUACCAGUAAUUUUGGUUGGAUGCAAGUUAGAUUUGAGGGACGAGCAUGAUCCGAUGAACAUGGAGGCGGUGAUGACACCAAUCAUGCAGCGGUAUAGGGAAAUCGAGACUUGCAUCGAGUGUUCUGCUGCUACUUUUCUGCAGGUUCCGGAUGCAUUCUAUUAUGCUCAGAAGGCAGUUCUUCAUCCAACAUUGCCUUUGUUUGAUCAAGAAACACAGUCUCUGCAACCCCGUUGUGUUAGUGCUUUGAGAAGGAUAUUUACUCUUUGCGAUCAUGACAUGGAUGGUGCCCUCAAUGAUCAAGAGCUGAAUGGAUUCCAGGUUAAGUGUUUUAAUGCUCCACUACAACCUGAAGAGAUUAUAGGAGUUCAAAGGGUUGUACAGGAGAAAUUACCAGAAGGAGUCAACGAGAAUGGUCUUACCCUUGAUGGUUUCCUUUUUCUCCAUGCCCUUUUCAUUGAGAAAGGGCGUCUUGAGACAACUUGGGCUGUCAUGAGAAAAUUUGGAUAUGAAGAUGAUUUAAAACUCAGGGAUGAUUUUCUCACACUUCCUUUCAAGGCGGCUCCGGAUCAGAGUGUGGAGCUAACAACUGAAGCUUUGGAAUUCCUGAGGGGGAUAUUCAGAUUACAUGACACUGAUAAUGAUGGAGCUGUACGACCUACUGAGCUUGAUAUGCUAUUUGCUACUGCUCCAGAAAGUCCUUGGAGUGAGAUUCCUUAUCUGGAUGCUGCAGAGAGAACAGCAUUGGGUGAUUUAACGCUCAAUGGAUUUCUAUCCGAGUGGGCCCUUAUGACACUAAUAGAUCCAAAGAAAAGUAUGGCUAAUUUGAUAUACAUUGGAUACCGCGGUGAUCCUGCUUCUGCCCUCCAUCUUACUAGAAGAAGAAAAGUUGAUCGUAAAAAGCAAAAGACUGAAAGAAAUGUUUUCAAUUGCUUUGUCUUUGGUCCUAAAAAUGCAGGAAAGUCUGCUAUUAUCAAUUCAUUCAUAGAAAGGCCUUUUUCAAAGAGUGGCACUACCACAACUGGUGAGCGUUGGGCAGUGAAUGCUGUUGACGAGAUUGGGGGGAAUAAGAAGACUCUUGUAUUGAGAGAGAUACCAGAAGAUGAAGUUAAAAAACUCUUGUCCAAAAAGAACUCUUUGGCAGCCUGUGAUGUAGCUGUCUUUGUCUAUGACAGUUCAGAUGAACGUUCAUGGAAAAGAUCAAAAGAACUCCUUGCAGAGGUUGCUAGGAAAGGAGAUGAAAGUGAAGACUAUCUUGUACCUUGUCUCCUUAUUGCUGCCAAGGAUGAUCUGGAUCCAUAUCCAAUGGCAGUGCGAGAUUCUCUUGGGAUUAGUCAAGAAUUAGGCAUAGAGGCACCUAUCCGUGUGAGCAUGAAGCAGAGCAAUUUGAAUAAUGUAUUUGGUAGAAUUGUAUAUGCAGCUGAGCACCCUCAUUUGAGCAUUCCUGAAACUGAGACUAGGAAGAACCGCAAGAAGUACCGCCAGCUUUUCAAUCGAUCUCUUACCUUUGUCUCAGUUGGGACUGCUGCUGCUGUAGUUGGACUUGUAGCCUACCGUGCCUAUGCAGCAAGGAAAAGCGCUUCUGCUUAGACCUAAGUUUGAUUUGAUGUGGAGAAGCUGGGCAUUUAUCUAGAAUUUCGUUCGACCGAUCAUCUCAUUAUUCUAGUUUUGGCUAUUUUAGGCUAUGUGCUGGUUUGUAUUGGUAUCCGACUGGUGAGCACCAUCUCCAGUGAAGGAGGGCUCAGUUUUAAAUUUUAACCUUCCAAAUAAUAUAUUUUGUUAAAUCAUCUCUAACAAUCAAGAGUUAAAUUUUUGCCCUUCAAAUAUUUUGUUAUUUAAAUUAUGUUUAUUAAUAUUAAUUAUAAUUGUAUUCA